AAGUGGUUGACCAGUGAUUGAAAGCAAAGAUCCUUGAUUGAAAGUGAUUGAGAAGUGAGUGAGUGAGUGUGUGUGUGAAGCUAGGGGAAGAGAGAGAGAAAGAGCAGGCAGCCGCAGCGCGAUCGCCCAACGACUCCGCCGCAUUAUGCCUUCCUUUCCCCUCUCGGCAUGGAGGCUGGCACCGUGAGAGGAAAACACACCAGAAAGACCGGCAUCUUUCUCUGCUUGAUUGCGACGUUGAGCAGCGCGAUCGGCCAGAAAGGUGAUGGCUGUGGACACACUGUUCUUGGUCCAGAGAGUGGAACAUUUACAUCAAUAAAUUAUCCACAGACUUAUCCCAACAACACUGUUUGUGAGUGGGAGAUCCGUGUACACCCCAGUCAGAGAAUUAUUUUUAAAUUUGGAGACUUUGAUAUUGAAAACUCUACUUCUUGUCACUUGAGCUACUUACGACUUUACAAUGGGAUUGGUCCAGGCCGAAGAGAAAUUGGUAAAUACUGUGGACCUGGAUUUCAGCGGGAAAGGGUUAUAGAAUCAGAGAGCAAUGAAGUCACUGUUCAGUUUAUGAGUGGGAUUCACAUCUCUGGUCGAGGAUUCCUUGUGUCAUAUUCUACAUCAAAUAAAUCAGAUCUUAUUACGUGCUUGGACAAGGGGAGCCAUUUCUCAGAACCUGAAUUUAGUAGGUACUGUCCUGCCGGAUGCUUGACUCCUUUUGGUAACAUCUCUGGAACUAUCCCUCUUGGCUAUCGUGAUUCGUCACUGCUAUGCAUGGCAGGCGUUCAUGCUGGUGUGGUAUCACAUUUCCUGGGUGGCCGGAUCAAUGUUGUGAUCAGUAAAGGAAUUACAUACUACGAAAAUACUGUUGCAAAUAAUGUCUCCUCAAAAACAGGACAUUUAUCACGUCACCUGUUUACAUUCAAGACAAAUGGUUGCUAUGGAACACUGGGAAUGGAGUCUGGUGUCAUCAGAGACGGCCAGAUCCAUGCAUCUUCAGUUCUGCAGUGGCACGAUCCCUCGGGACAGUUCCACUCCUGGGGGCCAGAAAGAGCACGCCUGAAAAAACCUGGCUCUGCCUGGGCUGCAUUUCACACUGAUGAAGCCCAGUGGCUGCAAAUAGACUUGAAGAAGGAAAAGAAAAUAACAGGUAUAAUUACUACAGGUUCUACCCUGGGUGAAUACGCUUUUUAUGUCUCUGCUUACCGAAUCUUCUCCCGUGAAGAUGGAGAGGAUUGGAAGGUUUAUAAAGAAGCCAACACUGACCUGGACAAGAUUUUCCAAGGAAAUGCCAAUAAUUACCAAGAAGUUCGUAACAACUUCAUCCCACCUAUUAUGGCCCGUUACAUCCAGAUCAACCCAGUGCAGUGGCAUCAGAAGGCAGCACUGAAAGUAGAGUUAUUGGGUUGUCAGCCAUUUCAGCCGUCUUUGGCUCGAGCUCCAGUUCAACCUCGACCUCCUUUGCUCACCACGGAAAUCACUCCAAAGUUGGACAAAACAACAUUUACACCAGAUGUCAAGAAUAAUUCAGUGACUCCCAACAUAUCCAAAGAUGUGGCGUUGGCAGCUGUCCUGGUGCCUGUAUUAGUCAUGGUGCUUACUGCUUUUAUACUGGUUCUUGUAUGUGGCUGGCAUUGGAGAAACAGAAAGAAAACUGUUGAAGCACCAUACAGCCUUAUCUAUUGGAAUCGAACAGUACAAUAUGUCUCAAUGUUACUAACUGGGAAUUAUGGUACAGGCUGGUGGAAGGGAAUGAAGCAGUUUUUGCCUGCGAAAAAUGCUGAGCCUGAUGACACCUCCGUGCGCUACACCAGCAGUGAGAUGAACCGGCUGAGAGCCCGAAAUGGCAGCACAUUGAUCCAAGCAGAAACUGCAGAAUAUGCCCAGCCACUUGUGGCAGGAGUUACGGGAACAUUACGACAGAAGUCCACUUUCAAGCCAGAGGAAGACUCUGAAGCAGGAUAUAGUGACCCAGAUGGCAAUGGGCACUACGAUGCACCUGUGCCAGAGAUCUAUCAUGCCUAUGCAGAACCUUUGCCAGCUUCAAGCCCAGAGUAUGCCACUCCAAUCAUUAUGGAAAUCUCCACUCACCCAACAGGAACCUUGGGGUCUGUGGCUGCCUCCACCUUCAAAUCAUCGUCAAGCACAGGGCCUUCAUUGGCGGGUAAUAUAAACCCCUCUUUACCCCGGACUGAAGGAACUCCUUCUGGACAGACAGGAUAUGAUACACCAAAAGGAAAGAUAAUCCCAGUGUCUGCAGAGGAGCAAGUAUACCAGGUACCAAAUAGCGUAUCACAGAUACCAGCAACAUCAGAUGCUGAAUGAACCAUGGAAUGAGGUCAUCGUACAGAGGGUACUUUGGUGGGGAGAAGGAAGUGAUUUGAUGACCAUUUCCACAGUGAAAGAAACGAUUGUCCAAAGCUAAUGGGUAGGCAUUGCUACCAAUGGUGACUGCUGAGAAACUCUUGCCUAUUACCUCCAAUGGAUGGAACAAGGAUCCUUAUAUAUUUCUGUUCUAUUGCACGUACCUGUAACGUAGACAUCGAUUCAUACUGGCUUGGUAUUUAAUGUCAUCUAAUACCAAAGGGUUAGAUCAUGCAUGACGCAAAAAGACAAAUUAUUUUAAUUCUGGUUAGUCCACUCAGAUUUAGUUUGCCUCAUUUCAAACUGAAGACAAACCAUUGUAACAUCUUCACUUGAGUAUCCCUCUUUCAGAUCUCAAUAUGAUAGACAAAUGCUAAAUCCAAGGGUGCUUUAAUUGAGUAUUGAGAUUAGUGUUAACUGUGCGAAGCGUAUUAGUACUGUAGGUCAAACUCUGGCUUGAUUCCCUUGCAUCUAUAUCACGCAGCAUCUUUGGUUUAAAGGUAGAUCUAUAUCCUGGUUUGAGUUUGGUUAUAUGAAGAAACUAACCUAGUGAUGUAACCCUUAAUAAAGUAUUUUUUUAAGGAUUUAAAUGGUAAUUUUCCUAUUUGACAUUAAAUGUCCUGGAAAAGUAUGGCAUUGUACAAUUGGCUUUCUAUUCAUCAGCAUCCCUUUGAAAUUAAACCAAAAAAACCCCAUGAAACUGCAGUGCCUUUGUAUUUAAUGAUAUGCUACAAUUAGUUUUAAUGUCACAAUUUUAAUGCAAUUCGUUCAACAAUUUUGAUUUAACUCUCAACUGGAUUGAUUGCAGUUACCUAAUUUAUUUGUGCCUUGAGAGAAAGAUGGAGAUAUUGCGCUGAAACAAGUUCCACAUUUCUUCUUGUAACCUAUUCAAAUAAUUGACUUGCAUUAAUAUAUAAGGGUAAUAUACUUGCAAUAUAAUAAUAUAUAUUACAAGGACAUUUGCUAACACCUCUAUCCCUUGCAUGCCUGAGAAUCUAGUAUACCCUUGGCGGCACGGUGGUGCAGCUGGUAGAACUGCUGCCUCAGAUUGUCAGAGGCACAGUUUUGAUCCUGUCCAUGGGUCAAGUAGAGUUUGCAUGAUCUCCUCGUGACUAUAUGGGUGUCCUCCGAUUUCCUCACACAUCCCAAAGCCGUGCAGAUUUGUAGCUCAAUUGGCCUUUGUAAAUUGCUACUAUUGUUUAUUCAAAGGAUGUGAAUGUAGGAUAACAUAAAACUAGUUGUGAAUAAUGGUUGGAAUGGACCUGGUGGACCAAGGGGCCUGUUUCCACGCUGUACUUUUUAAUUCAAUUUAAUUAAUUUCAAAAGAAAAUUGUACACCAAGAAUUGAUGAGAAUACCCAUAAACUUUAGGUUGAAACAUAGGUGAAUUUUCAGACACUCAGCCCCUUGCAUAAAGUCUCGCGCAAUAGCAAGACAAAGUGGAGAUCAGUAUGCCCAAUUUUCUUCAGAAAAUUGUCAAUUGAGUAAGAUUUUAUCGUGAGAGAAGUUGCCAUACAAUCUACUGAUUUACCAUUAAUCAUUUUGCUCAUGGUUUCUCCAGCUCAAACCUUCCCUCUAAUGAUCUACAUCUACCCCAGUCAGCUAAUCUCUCUCUCUGUCCUCAAGGCUGGGUUUGUAAUUGAAGUAAAUGAUCUUUAAAGCAUAGUAUCUUUACCAAUAUCUGGUAAAUUGGAAUUAGUAAGUAAUAUGAUUUAAUCCAAAGGACAUUGAAUGAUGUGUAAUUAUAUCUAACCACCUUGGCUAAGAAACAUGAGAAAGGACAUUUAUUUUGCACUCCUACCAUUUGCAAUUUGAUAAGAGUUAGGACUGUUUCCAUUUGGCACUGGACCCCCAUUUUAUUGACCGGCUGGUGACUUAUUCCAAAUUGGGGUUUUUUUCCCCAUUUUAACAUGGCAUUUAACCUCCUCCCCCCAGUAUGAAUCAAAUCUCUACAAGGAUGUACUUUUUGUUGCUUUACACAUUUACUGUAGUCGGUAUAUUAUGUGUAUAUUUUGGUAGAAUUUAGAAUAUAUACAUAGAAUGGAAGAUUUUUUUUGAUGAUUUUAUAUGUGAUAGAAAUAUAUCUCCACAAAUUACCAGAUGGGUAAUUGAUAGAAAAUGAUUGGAACCCUCAGUCCUAACAGCAUUAUUUAACUGGUUGAAUCUUUCUAAUGCUCUGUUAGAAUGGCUUAAAUUCAUUCCACGCUGUAAACUUGUCCUGGAUUGAGGCCAUUUGCUUUAAAACAGAACUUAAAUAUUAUUUCUUCAAUAUCUGAAUUUUGUUGAAAUUUAACUGUUCCUUUUCAAGAAUUCAUCAAACAUUGUCCAUGUUCAAACUAUAUGAAGUUACCACAGAGGUAAGAUGGAUUAUAGUGAUGUCCAUGCUAGCCCAGUGAAUGGAGCUAGAUUGAAAAUUUAGACCACCAUCCCAAUAAAUGGAUGCAAUCAUUGUAAUAAAAUAAGAAAUGCUGGACCAUGUCAGGCAACAGUAAUAAAGAGAGAAGCAGUUAAUGUUUCAGGUUUAACUGGAAAAGUAAGAAAACAGGGGCGAUUUACAUUGUAGAGAGGGGGUCUGUUUUUGCCUCCGAGGACUGAAUAAGAAUCGGAGAGGAAAAGAUAAGGAGGAAUAAAUCGAGUCAGUGGGAGAGAAAGAUCCAAAACAUUAUGGUGUUCUGAUGCAGCAUAAUGUAUCCUUCAUUAAUCUAAAGUUAAUGGGGUGUAAGUGUCUUUGACCUGAAAGGUAACUUUCUGUUCAGUGACCACCGGAAAGGGAAAGAUUUCUGAUAGGGGGAUAUUUGCCUUUUUUAUGUAAGUUUUGAAAGAAACAAUAAGGUUCUUUCAAGGAUUGAAGAACAAAAUAAUAUUCUAUUGCCAGUGUAAGCGGAGGUCUUCCUCACUGGGUAUCCAAACUGAGCCAAGGAAACUAAAGGUAUCAUCUGAGACAUCAGAACCCUGAAACUGCACCUUUUUACGAAAAUUGUAUAUAUGUAAUUGUAUUGAAAAUUCCAUCUUUAAAUUUCACUGACAGUAAUGAAAUGUGUCCUGCAGAUGGCGCUAUUGUGAGCCUGGACAAUUCUGAUCUGUUGAAAUUUGUUGAAACUUCCAGGACAUCCACAAUUGCAUAUUCUGUCUGAAAGGGUGGUGGAAGCAGGGUUUAAUUAAUUAUUUCGAAAGGAAGUAGGACAGAACUUGAAAAAGGAAAAUAUUUUGGAACUGGGGGGGGGAAAGAGCAGGGUUGUGACCCUAAAUGGCCAAAAUUGUUUUAUCGUUUUUAUCUCUACUUGGAUAUUUCUACUCUUUUAUGGGACAUUUGGGAACUAUGAAUGAUAGACAAUAGGUGCAGGAGUAGGCCAUUCAGCCCUUCGAGCCAGCACUGUUUUGUAGUACUUUUGAUAAACGCCAUUUCCAUAUGGUCAGGAAAAACCUUCAAACUUACUUUGAACAAGAAUAUAUUUAGACUUAUCUGGUGAAUGAUCUAUACCAGAGUAGGUUGAGGUAGUGGUUUAAUGUAGGACUCUAGAUUCAUGAAGUAAAAGACAAAAGUUAUAAUUAUCAAAUUAGGAUAUUUUGAAAACGGUUGAAUUGAGGAAAUUUCUCCAUCAAAAAAAUGUUUAUAUCACAGCAUCCCUUUAUUUUAGUUCCAUUCAUAUACUCUAUUCUAAUGGCUUUAAUAAUUCCAAACCCUAUUUAACCUUUGUUCUUAUAAAUUUAUUAGUCUCGUCAACUGGAACUUGGUGCUCUUCAGCAUUCACAGAAUGGUGAAUGCUGAAGAGCACCAGGCGGUGAUUGUUUUAAGGCACAAACGUUAUUUUAAUUUUCCCUCCAAGACUGCCAUGGUGAGAAAGAAAAUCUGUUUUAACAUUUGAAUAGUUUUAAGUGUCCUAAGAUCAGAUAUGAUACCAAUGUUAAUUAAAAAUCAGUUUGGGGUAGAUAUACUGCUUCAACUCAGAACUUUAUUUUAUAGCGAUGAAAAUUCGUCAAGCUUAUCAAAAUAAUAAAAGCAAAUGUGAAGUGUUUUCUUUAAAGCAUGACUGGUUUACAUAUUUAAAAUUGCUAGACAAUGCACUCAAAAAAACUAUCCCAAAUAAAACCACGUGUGGUAACCAUAACUGAGACAGUGGUUUUGUCUGGUCCUCAAUAACUUCUUUCAGCUAUUGAGGUCAAGUUGAAAUCAAUGAAAAAAGGAGCAAAUCAAAAUGUCACCAAUAACUUGUAGCUUUUCAAGAAAAUUCAACCAGUGAGACUGAGGAUAUUUUAAAGAGGAACUAGAGAGUGAUUGCAGAGUCACUGCUUGAUAAAAGGUACGUACUGCUGGAAAAUUGGAAUCCCUAAUGAAAUUCCAUAGAAAGACACUACUGCCACCACUAGGGAGGCUUCUUUGUUCUAUAGUGUUUUACAAAGCUUGCAGUAAGGAGUGAUAGAUCUUUCAAAUUGAUUUAUUUCUGUGAAAUAAUGGUCUCAAUUAGUAUUUGCUCUGCAAUACGACAGUGCAAACUGCAUUCUUUUAGUAGGGUGUAAUUGCCAGCACACCACAUAUUUUAUGAUUAUAUUUUUAACAUAGUACAUUCUGAAUCUGUUCACAGAAGGGGCAGUAAUUUCACAAAGACCUCUCCUGGCACCUCUCCGUUGCUGUCCAGUACUACCAGGAUUUGCUGCAUACUGCAUUCUUUACUGAGAGUGUAAUUGCCAACACAACAAAAUAUUUUAUGUAAAAGUACUUUUUUAAAUCUGUUCGCAGGAAUGGUAUUUUACAAUAAUCACGUGACCUUUCCUCUGGUGUUGCCCAAACCACCCGUUUUUAUCCAUCUCUUAUCAGCACAGUAAUCACAUCUUAUUAAUUGUCUUUAUUAUUUUUAACCUGGCUUUGUGUGUGCACUUCAGCUUUAUCUUUUGAGGGUUUGUAAGAAGUUUUUUUUUUUUAAAUGACUGGAGCUGAGCUUAUUUUACUCAGUCAGUGUAAUGCACACAAAAUGUGAACAAAGCCUGGAACUUAACAUUGAAAUGUUACGUAAAAAGUAGAUCCAGUGCAGAGAAUCACUGGUGAUGUUGCAACACAAAAUUAGACAGUCAACCAAUGUGUGUGGCCUUGCACAGCGAUUUGUCACUGUCUGUAUUUUGUAAGAUGCACCUUGUUAUUUUUAUGUUAAUCACUGAAUUUGUGUUGAAACUGCAAGAGAUUUUUCGUGAUAGAAGAUUGUGAGAGUUCUAUUAUUACAGCCUUGUCUUCACCUCAAUAUUUUUAAGACAAUCUUGGUUCCGUUUUUAUCAGUCAAAAUAUGCAUCGUUUUCUGCCUUAAUUUUGUAUUGGUGUCAAAAAACUGCUUUAUUUGAAUUUAGUGCGGACAGUUCUACACAAUGUAGAAGCCAUUAAGUUUAUUCAUUUUUACUUAAAAAUUUUAAAUAACUUAGUGCGAAUACUGUACUGUCACAGUUAAAAAGAACUGUUGAUUUAAGUGAAUUUCGUAUGUAGUAAAAUAAAAACAAUGAAAUAA